UGCAGAUCAGGUGGUUGCGGAGCCCCAGCUAGCAGCAAUACGAUGCAGCUGAAGAGCAGAGCACAAUCCACAGACAGCAACUGUAGCUAGCUCUAGAACAAGGCGACCUCUAAGCUCGAAUCCUUCACAGAAACGAUGUACUGACAUUACAGAAGAGACUACGGCAGCAAUGGAACACCAGAUACUGAAAAUAUCUACCUGCCUGCUGGCCCUCCUGGUUGUCAUACCCACCGUGCUGGGUAUUUGUCCUUCCAACUGCACAUGCUCAGGAAACAACAGGAACGUGGACUGUUCUGGCAGGAACUUCACUAUACUGCCACACGGACUUCAAGACAACAUUACAUAUUUAAACCUGUCCUUUAACCAGUUUACAGACCUUGAUCAUCAGCUGACCAGGUUUACCAAUUUGAGGACCCUUGAUAUUUCAAACAAUUGGCUCAAGAAUGUUCCUGCCCAUCUGCCCAAGUCCUUAUGGGAAUUAUAUGCCACAAAUAACAAUAUCCGGGUUCUCCAGAAACUGGACACAGCUUACCAGUGGAAUCUGAAAGUGCUCGAUGUUUCCAGGAACAUGGUGGAACGGGCUGUUCUGAUCAACAACACGCUGAGCAGCCUCAAGUUCCUCAACCUCAGCAGCAACAAACUGUGGACGGUCCCCACCAACAUGCCCUACAACAUCGAGAUGGUGGAUCUAUCCCACAACUUCCUGUCGCAGAUCCUGCCGGGAACGCUGCUGCGGCUGCGACGCCUCACCAGCCUCUACCUGCACAACAACAAGUUCGCGUACGUUCCUGACAAAGCGUUUGACCAGCUCCUCCAGCUCCAGGUGCUCACGCUAUACAACAACCCGUGGUCCUGCAGCGACAGGCCAAACAUCCUUUAUCUGCUCACGUGGGUGCAGGGAACGGGAGCCACUGUCCUUGGGGCUCCCUGCGCUAACGAGACAGGGCUUUGGACGCCAACGCCGGCCACGGCCACCAUCACGGAGCCGAACCUCCUCAUUAAAGGAAUGAAGGCAGCAGACAAAACUUCUCUGACGGCAGCCGAACCAAGCAAAAUGACCAAAACGCACAAACAAUUCAAAGUCAAGGAGGUUGCUUUGACCACUCCCUUAGGCCAACCCAUACUGUUCACAAGCACAGACCGCCCACUGCUGCUCUAUCCAGAAGAGGUGACCGCGGGCAAGGCGAGCUCGCACGAGGCGGCCGCCACGCGCACCAUCUACGUGCAGGUUUCGACCGAGCUCCGCUCGAGCUCAGCCCGCCCGCCCGCUGCCUCCACCACCCCCAGGACCCUGAGCAUCACCAGCGGGACGCCCACCAACUACUCCAGGACGCCUCGGAGCACAACUGCUGCCUUACGGAAAGAGGAAUCCACUACAAAUGUUUUUAAUACCCCCGUACCCUCCUCCAAAGCAAGCACCCGUGAGCUGCGUUCGUUCUGUGUCCUAGCGCUUAACACGGCGGCAGUGCUUAUUGCUCAGGGCCGCUAAGUCUCGUGUCGUCUCUCCCCGUGCUGCGCAGCUGGGCUGAAAACGUCCAGGUCAAACAAUGAAUCAAAACGAAAGAAAUUCCAAGUUCUGACUCUGAUCUAAAGAGAGUAACAGUUCCUAAGGAAGCGCACACUAACGUCUUGAUACUAAGCUGCUACUUAUUUUAAUAUGUCUUAAUCAAGUAAAACUAACUAUGAUUUUGUUUUUAAAAUGUGCUUAUUUUGUAUUUAAAUUUUUAAUUUUACUUGCACAGAAUAAAACAUCAGAAUUUUAAGUACUGACUUUAUGUAUGGUUUUGUCAUUAAACAUCUGGAAACAAAAACAAAAAAGAGAAGGCCUGUAUCAUAUCUGCAUUGUUUUGCUUGACUUGCCAACCAGUAAUUCUUGUAAUAUAGUAGUACAGUUCCUUUGUACGUUAUGAUGACAUGCAAAUGGAAGGGAAAAAAAAUUAAAAAGCUGAACCUGUUUCACUAACCAGAAGUUACUCCUGGGCAAAUGGCUAGCAUGUAUAUCUAUGUUUGCUUCAUAUGUAUUAGGUAUUUUAAAUAUGAAGAACAGAAGUUUUGAAUUUAAAACGUAAAUAUGACAACGCCAUGGUGUCUGCUGGGAGGGGAUAAACAGAGAAGACAGCAUGGCCUAACCUGGCAUGGGGAAAGCGAUAGGGGCUGAUUUCUCUUUUUGCUCUGUCUUGACUCGGAGGCUGCAGGCAAGUUAUUUCUCGCUCUCCAUCAUUUCAAAGAGAUAAAAGAUAAAAGUAGAGGAAAAAUACAAGAUGUUCAAUGCCAUGACACUCUUGGACAACACUGAGCUUAUCUACACAAAUUAAUGGAAUGAAAUGCCUUAAAUUUACUGAAAUAAUUGAAAAUAAUUGAAUUUGAGGUAGUUUAUUUCAAUAUGCUUAAAAGAACAUCACAACUUGGACAGAAUGCAUCCAACUAUUCGAAAUGAAAGACCAACCAAUUUGUAAGGCAAAUUAUGUAAUGUAAGUCAAUUAUAUAAUCAGUUGACAAGUUGUCAUUUACACAGUCCUUGAACUGGUCUUAUGACUUCAAAAACUAACUCCAUCCGUGGCAUUGAACAUGUCCAAAUCACUAUCCUAUAAGGAUGAGCAUGAAUGCUAUUUUCCUUAAUAUCUGCACCAUCAACGAGUAGAAAUAGUUGCACGCAUGGUUCUAUCAACUCUGGCACAAUAAUCUAAAUUACGUGGCAAAGAUACUUGAUAUACUACAGGUAAAGUUCUGCAAACAGCAUGAAAUGAAAACUGAAGAACAAGUAAAUUGAAAAAAAAAUAUUUACUUAAUAUUACAAACCUUUAUUAAACGUUUUCCAUUCAUUUCAGGCCAUUUAAUUUCCAGUCGUAGCAUGAAGGUGCUACAAAACCCAAGAAACCUCACUGCUGAGGCUGCAGUCC